AUGGCUCUCAACGAAGAACUCAGCCAGUGGUACGACAAGAUUCAAACCUUUGAUGAUGAAUGUCAUCUGCUAUGUCCUCGUGUCUCCGAUGAAGACGGCGAAAUCUACAGAAUCCAAGACGACCCCGACUCGACAAUCACAUCGGAAGAAAAGACGAAGCGAAUCGAACAGGGACGUGAACGCUUGGAGAUUACAUACUGGAACUGUUUGAUUUUUGGGUAUGAUCGAUCCAGCCAAGGAAAAUGGGGUGAACAGCUUGAGGAGCGGCUCAAUGCUUGCCUAAAGCAUUGCUCAGACUGUGUUUACAAUUGGCACAUGAAGCGCCGGGCCCUGUUGCAACAAUUUCAAGAUCGUUGGAACGAAGAAGUGGUCGCCGAUAUCCAGUCCAUGCUUGAACGCAAAGAUAUCGAACGCAUCGAUCUGAGUCUACAAUGGGCCAAGGCGUUUAUUGAAAAGAUAUUGUCAGCGGGCACUGUCUUCAAGAAAUCGCAACUUGGUGAACAUCUACCAGAGGUUCACAUCUCCGUUUACGAGGCAUUGUGCUGCAUGCCUUAUAUGGAGGAUCCAGAGCGACGAACCACAUUUCAGUUUGUUUUUCAACGUCUUCAAGGAAAGACUGGCCUUAAACUUGGAACAAAGGAACCCCUUCCUGGAAUGACAUACUUCAUUUUUGAUCUCAGAAAUCAAGACAGACGCAUUUGGGCAACAAAUAACUACCAGAACCUCGACAGUAACGCCAUGACCCUGGACCAGUUCGACUGGGCUGUAAGUGGUGGUCUUUCGAGAGCCAUUGACGAUAUCAGUAGAAGAGACCCUAACACCCCAGAGUCAUGGCCUGAUAUCGAGCAAUUCUGGCAAAGCUUUAACGAAAUAAUGAGAACCCUAAGCGCAGAUGUCAUCCUUCAACGUCUGCGGAAUCUAGAGCUCAAGCCCGGGAGUUUUGGUAUAUACGAUCUUCUCUUUCGUCACAUCCAAGACUGCCCCGCAGAAGGCGUCUUGGUCUCGAACAUCAUUGUUCUGACAAACUUCUUUAAAAAAGCGCCCAGGGCCUUUUGGGAUGUAAUUGGCGAUGCUCGUCCUACUGUGAUUCCGGAUCUAGUCUUGAAGAGUCGGGUUUACAAGAACUUGCUUCGCCAAUCACUGGAUAAUUGCUGGACUGGCUUUGACAGUGGCUCAUCUCAUGUUCCAUUCCCUACCUCUUGGGUUGACCCAUGGCUACAAUCCAUCCAGCGUGAUCAUAGAUAUGAUGCUUGCGAUGGCCUAAUGCAUACUCUACUCGAGACCCUUGCCAAGGACCAGGCUAUCGGAGAACCGGGUCGUGCGGCUUGUGUUCGAGCUGGGUUCGAUGCUUUGCAGCUCACCAUGUCAACGUUUGUAGACCAAGAGACCAAGAUUGGUGCAGGAACCACUCACCUCUACGCCUGCUGUGCAUUCAACCUGGUCAUGACGUACAAAGACCUUAUACUCCGAAACUUGCGCGAGCCCGGACAAGAAAAGGAGGGUUGGCAAACCUUUCAAGUUGCAAGCGCAGCUAGGAAGGCCAUGCAAACCGCCAUGAAACUGGAUAUGAAGAUAUUUGCAGAGGAAUAUUCGGCUUGUCUUGAUGGCAAACAGCUUCAGUCCGCUGUCACCAGGGACUCCAAGGUUUUUUGGCAAGGCGUUGUUGAGAUGUUUGAUGUGUCAAAUGAGAAGAUUGACCUUGCCAGAGACAUCAUCCUAUCGUUAGAACCCCUGGUUGGUGUUGAGCAAGUCAGAGCUCUGAAGGGCAACGAUCAACUGAGCGAUUCGAGCAAAAGCUUCAACAAGACCCUGGGUGAAACGGUCGAAAUCCUUGGAAACCUCCUGGGCCGAGUAUCAGAUCUGGAUGCAACGGAUCUGAACACCCUUUUCAACGAUCGCCUCGCAUUCCAGGGCACUAUAACACUAUCGACCCAUGGAGAAUCAGCGCUUGCUGAAGCAGCCGUGGAACUGCUCAAGAACUGGACUGGGGAGUUAUCUCAGAGUGGCGCUUUUGAGCAGAUGUCCCAGCUUCAUCCCGAUCAAACGCUAUCAUCCAUAGUAUGGGCUCUGGAACGAGUCCUGAAACCCCCUUACCCUUGGGGCCCUAUUCGUCCGAUCCUCAACAUGAGCAGAGACAUCCUUCGUGGGCUGACUGAUCGCAGCACCGGAGUUUUGCGAGUCAAAACCCUUGGAUCCAUGUCAGCCGCCAAAGUAUUGCGUUGGUGGAACGAACAAUGGCGAUUUGUGUCUACUGCAUGCAGAAACAUCGAUGGAUGGUCUCGGUACAUACAGAACGCCGUGAUGACCGAGUUCUGUCGGGAAAUCAUGGAACUAGCUGAAGCUCUAGUGGCGGAAGAUGGGUUGAUCACUUCAGCUAUCUCCAAAGCCUUGAAUAAAAGCGAAGAGGACACUAUGACUUCAAUCCUUAGUGCCCCGAAGCAGUACUUUUCUGGCAUGGAGAUCAUGAUCCGCCUGAAGGAUAAGUGGCUUGUCGAUGUCACUGUCCGAGUCAUCUGCAAAAUUCUGACCCGUCUCCGAGAAAACAAACUCGAGAUAGCCCCUGCCUCACGCAAGCUGAUUACGGAUGCUUGCUUGCCUACGAGUGUACCCGGCAAGUACGUCAGAUCCACAAAUAUGACCGACCAACAACGCGCAGAACUUGUUCAAGCUCUUGGACAAACGGACGAUGAGAUACAGAUCUUCCAGCUGGGAAUUGCCCAGAGAGGACCCCCCUCAGCCAAAUCCAAGGAUGCUGCCAAGAAACAGAGCAAGAUCGAUGCUUGGUCAAAAUCCGGCACCUCAUCCCACGGUACAAUUACAACACCGUCUUCCAGGUCCAACCGCGACGAUGUAUUCGACCUUAGUAGAUCUAUUGACAGCCCUAUUCUUAAGCAACUCGAUGCCCAGAAAGCCAAAGGGGAGGCAAGGUCAAAAGCAAAGGCCAACGCUAUGCUUAGGUCUAAGCCCAAGGCACCUGAUCAAAAAGCUAUCUCUGCGUUGAAAGAGAGUAGACAAAAGGAGAAGCUCGAAAAGGCGAAGCGGGAUGCUGCAGCUAUCGCAAAGGCCAAAGCUCUCAGAGGAGAGACCGUGCCUGGUGAGGGUUCGGGCUUACUUGGUCUCGGCCUCAGUGGAAAAGAUCAUGGCAGGAGCGAGAUAAUGGUGAACAGUUCGGAAGAAGAAUCUGAAGAGGACGAAGAGGAUGAAGAAGACGCCGAUAACGAACUUGCUGCCCUGAGCACGGGAGGACAGAAAACCAUGGACGAGGCCGAGAAGCGUCUUUCGAAAGCAAUGCAAGACAUGAUUCGUAGGCCCGUCAAGAAGGUUAGACAACAGCGCUCAGUCAAAGAGAUGAGAGCGAGGUUGAUUCCACCUAUGGAUCGGCUACAUAACACUAUCUUGUCUUGGGAUAUCUUCCACGGUGGCAACGACCCUCCUAACGGUCCAGCUGCAUCCGAGGUUGCCACCAAGUAUUCAAACCCCAAACUCUACCAAGACACCUUCUUUCCCCUGCUAGCUUCGGAAGCCUGGCGGUCAUUUGUCACAGCUAAAGAUGAAAUUACUUCUCAAGCCUUUGGCAUGAAGAUUGCCAGUCGUGCCAGUGUUGACAGUUAUCUGGAAGCGACAUUCACCAUGCCCGUGAUGCAAAACAGGGAGCGUGGCGUUUCCGAAGGUGACAUUCUUCUGGUUUCUGAGUCAGAAAACCCACUAGGAGAUCAAGAAGCUCGACAUUGCCUGGCAAGAGUGCAUCGAAUCACCUAUAAAAAAGAGUUGAUUGAGGUCACGUAUCGUGUGGCUUCUCGAAACAACCUUAUGACCAAUGUGUUGAUUCCCAACGCAACCGUGUUCGGGGUAAAAAUUACCAACAUGACUACAAUCGAGCGAGAGUAUGCUGCUUUGGAAAGUCUGCAGUACUACGACUUGAUGGACGAAAUUUUGAACGCAAAGCCGUCUCCUAUUCUUCGAUAUGAUGAGGAGAAAGUGGGCAACUGCAUGCAGAAUUAUUCUCUGAACCACGGACAAGCUAUGGCUGUUCUUGGUGCACAUGAUAAUGACGGUUUCACUCUUAUUCAGGGUCCACCUGGUACUGGAAAAACCAAGACUAUUGUUGCCAUGGUUGGCACUUUGCUCUCGGAACAACUUAGCCAAGCGGCGAAUCAAGGUAUCCCUGUGGGCGUUCCCUUACGCCAGACAGGCCUACCGUCGGCAAGCAACCAAAAACGAUCGAAAAAGCUUCUCGUUUGCGCACCUAGCAACGCUGCUGUAGACGAACUGGUACUACGACUGAAAGCUGGAGUUAAGACAAUUUCGGGAAAGACCAAGAGUAUCAAUGUGCUACGACUUGGCCGCAGCGACGCUAUCAACGCCGCCGUAAGAGACGUGACUUUGGAUGAACUUGUCAAGGCCCGCAUGGAGGGCGACCAAACCAAGGACAAGGCAAAGGCCAACCGCGAGAAGCUUCAUGAGGAUGCCGGAAAGAUCAAAGAGCAACUGACCGCUCUUCGACCACUCAUGGAAGCAUCUAAAACCCAAGAGGAUCGAACACUCUACAACAAACAUUCCCGGGAAUACAAUGUGUUGAAACAACGCCAGAUAGAUAUUGGCAAACAAAUCGAUGCUGACAAGAGCAGCGGUAAUUCCGUAGCCCGAGAGAUGGAACUACGCCGCCGUCAAGUCCAGCAAGAGAUUUUGAACAGCGCCCAGGUCCUAUGCGCGACUCUGAGUGGUAGUGGCCAUGAGAUGUUCCGAAACUUGGAUGUCGAGUUCGAAACCGUCAUCAUCGACGAAGCUGCUCAGUGUGUGGAGUUGAGUGCCUUGAUCCCCCUCAAGUAUGGUUGCUACAAGUGUAUUCUUGUUGGGGACCCCAAACAACUUCCCCCGACAGUUCUGUCGCAAUCAGCAGCGAAAUUUGGUUAUGAUCAAAGCUUGUUCGUCCGUAUGCAGCAAAACCACCCUGACUGGGUUCACCUGCUCGACAUGCAGUAUCGUAUGCACCCCGAAAUUAGCAUGUUCCCAAGUCGUGAGUUCUAUGAAGGGCAACUUGCUGAUGGCCAAAAUAUGCACGAACUCCGGCAACAGCCCUGGCAUCAGAGCGCGCUGCUUGGACCUUACCGCUUCUUCGAUGUCCAAGGCGUCCAGGAGCGAGGUCACAGAGGACAGUCCCUAGUCAACGCCAAGGAGUUAGAUGUUGCUUUGCAGAUGUAUGACCGUUUCAGCAACGAAUACCGCGAGUGUGACUUGACAGGCAAGAUUGGUAUCAUUACGCCUUACAAAGCUCAGCUUUAUGAGUUGAGGAACCGCUUCCGAUCGCGAUACGGCGAGAGUAUCACGGACAUCAUCGAGUUCAACACGACAGAUGCUUUUCAGGGUCGCGAAUGUGAGAUCAUUAUUUUCUCUUGCGUUCGUGCUAGCUCUACUGGCGGUAUCGGUUUCAUGACUGACAUUCGACGUAUGAACGUCGGUCUGACUCGUGCGAAGUCAUCCCUCUGGAUUCUUGGUGACUCGAGAGCUCUUGUUCAGGGUGAGUUCUGGAAAAAGCUUAUCGAAGAUGCCCAGUCCAGAGACCGUUACACCAAGGGUGACAUCUUGUCAAUGUUCAGGAAACCUCUGGAGAAAGCUAAACCUGGAGCCUACCUUCCGCCGCCACCUAAAAGCCAAGAUCGAGAGGUCUCGAUGCGAGACGCACCACAUACAACGUCUUCGCUGGCUUCCUCCCGUUCAAAUUCGCCAAACAGCAUGGCAGCUCAGAAGUUAACGGCAUCGCCCCAACUACCCGGUAUUGGAGGAAACGAAGAAUUAGGGAUCGUACCACGAUCUGCUGGACCUCCCGUUAUUCAUACCUCUUCAAGCAAACAUCCGGGAGAAGUGAGAAAGAGGCCACAUGAUGGGCAGGAAACGAACCAGCCAGUGACCAAAAAGAUAGCGAGUGAUAAUAAACCUCGAGGCGGUGGUCUCAUGGGCAAAUUUGGACAAAAGCCCCGGCCACUGAAGGCGCCUACAGAUCCUUCAGCGAUGUCGGUAAUGGGAUUGGCGCCUCCAGAAAGGCCACCCGCUUCGAUACCGGCUAGUCUCCCUAUAUCGACUAGUCUCCCUAUACCGACUGGCCCAGCGAUACCGACUGGACCUUCGAAUCCAGGACCUCGCCAGCCUCAUGAGGGGAACAAUCAGCAAACCAGACGUCCACCUGGUCCACCGCCUCCAUCUCGCAAGAAGGGCAAGCCAAGUCUCUUUGUACCAAAGAAGCGAUAG